GAUUAAUGCAGCAUUCUUGCAUUGCCUUCAGAGGUAGACAAAGCCAGAAACAGAGAUACAGAUUGGGAAGAAACAAAUAUUCAGAUAAUUGAUAUAAGAGCUCACAGAUAUACAGUGGAUUUGAUAAAGAGAAAGAACACUUUUCCGCUAUCUUGUAAUGGAAACAAUCACUGACAAAUCCAGGGAUCAGUUAGGAAACACGGAUCAUAACCCUAUUUCAGGUGAGACACAAGCAGAUAAAGAUCUUGUAUCAUCGAUCAAAGAGAAGCUUGAAGCGGUUUCAUCUUUGAAAUCCAUCUUCAGAGUCCCAUUGAAACUCGUAGAAGCAAACGAGAACAUGUACAUCCCAGGCACAGUUUCUAUUGGUCCUCUCCAUCAUGGCAAGGAUGGUCUAAAGUACAUGGAAGAUCGCAAGUGGCAUUACCUGUUCACACUGCUGAAUCGACAACCAAACCAGUUAGAGUCAAGUUUGCACGAAUGUGUGAAUGCACUGAGCGAUUUAGAGAAGCCAGCACGGAAUUUUUAUGCAGAAGAACUGAACCUGAGAAGCAACCAGUUCAUCGAGAUGAUGCUAGUUGAUGGGUGUUUCAUCAUUGAGCUUCUCUUGAAAUAUGCUCUAAAGGGUAUAAGACGUGGUGGUGACCCCAUAUUUGUCACGCCAGGGUUGCUCAAUAGGGUGAGGUGUGACCUUGUAUUGUUAGAAAACCAAAUACCAUUCCUCGUUCUUCAAAGGUUGUUUCAAAUUGUACUCGUUCAAGUACAACAUGACCAGACCCUGACCCUCUCCGAACUUACCUUUCGAUUCUUCAGAAGAAUGUUGCCGGGGGAUAGGGAAUUUGUGAACGAGAAGUUUAGCCAAGAGGGUUACCAUUUUCUUGAUCUGAUUCGCCAGUGUUACCUUCCAAACUAUGCAAGAGUAGUGUCCAAGAAAAGUGUAUCUCAAGGUGAUCUUGAGUCAGCAACAAAGCUCAAGAAGGAUGGGAUUAGGUUCAAGAGAUCCAAAGCCAAGUGCUUACUAAACUUGAAAUUUGCAAAUGGGGUGCUUGAAGUUCCUCCCUUCACACUCCAUCAUUUCACAGAAAUGCUGUUUUCCAAUAUGAUAGCAUUGGAGCAGCACCAAAAUGAUAGUCAACCUUUCACAUCUUAUGCCCUUCUGAUGCAGGCCAUGGUGUGCACUGAAAAUGAUGCCAAGUUGUUCCACAAACUAAGGAUCCUGAUCAUGAAUAGUUACCCUGAGAAAGAAGUUUGUGAUCUGUUGAAGAGGCUUUGCAGAAAAGUGGAUUACGAGGAGGAUAAAUUCUAUUUUGCAGGACUGAUUGAACAAAUUUUGGAGUAUAAACGAGCCCCGAAAUCAUGGAGGAAGAUAUUGAAAUGCAAUUGGCUUAAAACUCGUACUACAUGAAUCACAUGUUGCAAAUUUGGAGGGCGUUGGUUUUUACUUGCAUAUAUCAAUCAAUAUGUUGCAUUAUAUCUUGGAGUGCUAAUGCGGAUAAUGUCUUCUGAGGUUUUCAAAGAGAUGCCUAAAGUUAAAUAAAUAUUUCUUUUUCGAUUACCGAAAA